AUGGGCUGGGUGCUGAAGUCGACUUCCGACGACUGGUCUCCUCCGGGCAUCGGAAGUAUCAACAGCACGGGUAUGUUGGCACUCUGGAACCAAGAGAGCCCAGAAUUCAGGGUAUGCCACGGCGACGAGAUCGUCACGUCCAACGGCAUCCAUUGGCACCACGACACCAAGGUCUUCAAUAACCGCAUUGAGACGAAGUGGCACAGAACUAUCGCAGAUGCCAAAUCAACGUUGGCAAUGUCUUUGCACAUUCAGAGGCCCAGGGCGGUCGUCGAAGUGCUGGAGAGCAAAUCAUUCAACACGAAUUUUGAUGUGACGCUGCUUUGCUACAACGGGUCGACGGAUAUCGGCUGGACCUUGCAGAUAAACACAUCCGACCCCGCAACCAUCACCGAUGGUUAUUCCCAGCGCUGGUUUUCUCAGCUCUUGGAACGAUGCGAACCCCACGAAGAAGCUGGCUGUCGGCGAUCGCCUUUUCGGAGCGGGCAAUGUUGA